AUGGGAGCUCAAUCAGAAUCACCAACGCCAAUGGGCAACAUCCUGUCAUCCAUGGCCGCCCAGGCUGAUAAGGCCCUGCAAGAUAAGGAGCUGUCGAUGGACUUGCCAAUCGUGGACGUGGACGUCUUCCGGACCAAGCCUCGCGACUCACCCGAGGUGCUUGCCGAGUGCAAAAAAGCCGCAAACGCGCUUAUCACAUACGGUGCGUUGGUGUUGCACGACUCGCGUGUUUCGGAGGACGACAACACGACAUUCCUGGAUCUGUUGGAAGACUACUUUGCUCAGCCUGAAGAGGACCUAAAGAAGGAUGAACGCCCGGAGCUCGGGUACCAGAUCGGUGUGACGCUAGAGAACACCGAGAAGCCGAAGUGCGCGGUCGAUGAACCUUGCCUGCAGGUUAUUGAGCGCCUAGCUCCCUCAGAGCGACCACUGGAUAUCAAAGCACACGCACCAGACCCCAAGUGCAGGUUCUUCUGGCGGAUGGUGGAGAAGCCUCCGUAUGAGACCGAGUUCCCAGGUCUCAAUGCCCCCAACAUUGUUCCCGACGCGGAGCAAAUCCAUGACCGGUGGGAGUCUGUUAUGGACAAGUGGGGAAACACUUUGAAGAAUGCUGUAUCAGACAUUUCCGGUAUGGCUGCGAUUGGCCUGGGCUUGCCUGCCGAGGCAUUUGUUGAGGCCGGAAAAUAUGGUCCUCACCUUCUGGCACCGACGGCGUCGAACCUCAACAGAUAUGGCAAGAAGGACAGCAUCCUCGCUGGUUUCCACACAGAUCUCAACUUUUUGACCAUCCACGGUCGUUCACGCUAUCCAGGCCUCCACAUCUGGGCACGAAACACGGGAAAACGCAUCCCUGUAAAGAUCCCGCCGGGGAAGCACUUGUUGGUGCAAGCCGGUAAACAGCUUGAGCAUCUCACCGGUGGCCUGAUCAAGGCUGGGUAUCAUGAGGUUGUUGUUAACGAGGCAACCAUUGGCGUUAUCGAGCGCCGCAAGAAGGAGUUACCUGACCGUCCUCUCGUGCGCAUAUCGUCAACCUUCUUCUACCACCUGUCAUCAGAUUAUCUCUUGUCUCCGAAUGAGAUCCUAGCUGAGCAGGCCCGCAAGAUACGCGAAGAGCAGUACAAGCUAGGCAGGGACGAAGGCGAAGAAGUUGAAUAUCCAUCCAUGAAGGUCGGUCAACAGGUUCAGAAUGAACUGAAGCACAUUGCAUUGAUGGCGUAG